AUGUCAAAGCCACAACCGAGGGAAGCCGUACCUUCUGAACUCGACGUUGUUCAGCUCUCUGAGGGGGUGAAGUUGAAGGAAAAGAAGACGAAAAGGAGAAAAGCUGAGGAAGUAGUUGAUCCAUCUCAAGCUGAAGACGUGACCAUACUUGAACCUGACGCUGUUCAGCUCUCCGAGAGCGUGAAGCCGAAGGAGAAGAAGAGGAAAAAGAGAAAAGUCGCGGAAGGAGUUGAUCGCUCUCAAGCGGAAGAUGCCACUACGGAUUUUUCUGCUGCUGACACCGGCGAGAGCAAACCUGAGAAGAAGCUCAAAGACAAAAGAAGACACGAGAACGAAAAGACGCGGGAACCAGAGGUCGCGGAAGGGGAUGGGGACGGAGAGAACAGAACGAAGCUAAAGAAGAAGAGGAAGGGAAAUGAAGACCGGCACGCUGUCGUUGAACCUAACGCUGGACCAGGACCUUCGGUGGACGGGGUAGAGACGUCUGAGAAAAACUUAGUGGUUGAUAAGGUUAAAGGAUAUCAGGUGCAUGGAGAGGACUCGAGUGGAGAAAGCGAGGUUUUGUCCAGGGAGUCGCGUAAAAAGGAACGUGCGCGGGAGGAGGAAAGGCUUAUGGACGCAAAGGAUGCAGAGAGAACAAAGAAGAAAGAGGAGAAGAAGAAGCGGAAAGAGGUCGCAGAAGACGAAACGACCACCACUGUUGCUCAUAAACCCAAACAGAAGAAACACAAGUCCCACUCGAACCGAUUAGGGUUCGCGAAUCCGAGCCAGGACGAAUCUCUAGCGGACCAGUCGCGCAAAGCACUUGGCUAUGCCUUCGUCUAUAUUACAGAGCCUGAGAAGUGGAAAUUCAACAAAGCUCGACAGAAUUGGCUCAUUCGCAACGUCUGGUCGUCGGACGCCAUCCCAGAGGUAUACAUGCCGCUACUCACACGAUAUCUGGCUGGCGUUCAGGGAGGUGUCCGGGAAAUAUUGCUCAAAACAUGUCGAGACCUCCUCGCUUCGCCAUCGCAAAUGGUUCCGUCUACUGAUGCUGCAGAACCAUCGACAAAUGAACCUGCUGUGGUUGCAGAUGCUAGCGCGACGAAGCAAUUGCGUGCCGCAGCAUUGGUAGCUGUUCUCGAGCUCGUGGACGAGGCGUCGUCGGUAGAUCAUCAAUGA